UAAAGGCAAAAAACAAAAUGAAUGUUCGAUAAAUUAUAUUUUUCGCUGCAACAAUACCAGUUUGGGUAUUACCGUACCGUAUUGCGAUAACAAUUGUACUGGUGUGUACGGCGUAACCGUGGCUGUCGAGAAUGUGUUCAAAUUAGCGGAAUUUAACUGAUCAGUAUUUUAUUUGAUUGCAUUUUUUUUUUCUUGUCAGGCUGCCUAGCAUCGUAUUCCGUUACAAAGGGUGCUGAAACGAAACUGGACCCGAGUUAAAUACUGCCACCAAUAAAGUUUGACACAGAUACACAUAAUUGAAGUUGAACUUUGGAGCAGCCCGUUUACAGAACCCGUCGUUGUUUAUUUUACAGCAUUCAGCUUUUGUCGAAUAGACUUCUUGCAUUGGGACCGCUUUGGGCAAUUAGACGGUGACUCAAUUCACAUAAUAUCAUAACAAAUAACAAUAACGUUUGCUAUUUUAACGAUCCCACGCAUUGCCUUUGCUACUACUGUGGCGUGGAGACAUGGAACGCCAUUUCGUCUUGCGUAGGUGAAACGUUUUGCCGGGAUGGCGGGAGAUGGAACCCCCCGUUCUGGGGUGACUGACUGUGUGACCAGGGUGGCCCUGAGUGUCUCCUGUGAGAAUCUGAUGGACAUGGACUACUUUUCAAAGUCUGACCCGCAGUGUGUGAUGUACAUGAGCACAUCUGGAACCACCUGGGUGGAGGUUGGUCGCACAGAGAAAAUCAUGAACUGCCUCAAUCCCAAUUUUUCCAAGACAUUUGUCAUUGACUACCACUUUGAGACGGUCCAGAAGUUGAGGUUUGAAGUGUACGACAUUGACGACAAUGUCAGCAGCAGUCUGCUAAACGCUGACUUCUUGGGAGAACUGGAAUGUACAUUGGGACAGGUUGUGUCUUCGAGGAAUCUAAAAAAACCACUUGUCAUGAAGGACAAGAGGCCUGCAGGAGCUGGAACCAUUACUAUACGUGCAGAAGAAAGAACAGACAACAGGGUGGUGCGACUUGAAGUUGCAGCUAGACAACUAGACAAGAAGAGUUUUUUUAGCAAGUCUGACCCGUUCUUGGAAUUCUACAAAGAGACGGAAACAGGAUGGCUGUUAGCUCACAGGACAGAGGUGGUAAAAUACAAUCUGAACCCUGCAUGGAGACCUUUCCAAAUCCCAAUUCAGGCACUCUGUGGCGGUGAUGUGGAGAAAUCUAUAAAGGUUGAUUGUUACCACUAUAGCAGCAGUGGCUCACAUAGCUUCAUUGGAUCCUUGCAGACUACACUUAGCCAAAUACAGCAGGCUUUGCAAACAUAUGCGGGUGAGUUUGAAUGCAUCGACAGGAAGAAGAAGCAAAACAAGAAAGGCUACAAAAACUCUGGUAUUAUAGUCAUUAAGCAAUGCAAGAUUGUGAAGGAGUAUACAUUCCUUGAUUACAUAUUUGGUGGCUGUCAGAUUAACUUCACGAUCGCCAUUGACUUCACAGGGUCCAAUGGGGAUCCCAAGUCUCCACAGUCCCUCCAUUACAUCCACCCUUACGGCUAUAAUGACUACCUUUCGGCUAUCACGGCAGUGGGUAAUAUCAUCCAAGACUAUGACAGCGAUAAGAUGUUCCCUGUUUUGGGGUUUGGCGCUCAGAUCCCUCCUACAUGGCAGGUCAGCCAUGAGUUUGCCGUCAACUUCAACCCUUCAAAUCCAUUUUGUGAAGGUAUUGAAGGUGUUGUCCAAGCCUACCAGCAGUGUUUGCCGCAGGUGAAGCUCUACGGCCCUACAAACUUCUCUCCAGUCAUCAACCAAGUUGCUCGUUUUGGCAGCCAGGCUUUACAGCAGCAAACUGCCUCUCAAUACUUUGUGCUGCUCAUCAUCACUGACGGCGUGAUCACGGACAUGGAUCAGACUCGCGAUGCCAUCGUCAAAGCCUCGCGUCUGCCCAUGUCCAUCAUUAUCGUGGGAGUGGGCAGCGCAGACUUCAGCGCCAUGGAGUUCUUGGAUGGAGAUGAUGGACUUUUGCGCUCAGCUGCAGGCGAAGCUGCCAUGAGAGAUAUUGUCCAGUUUGUUCCAUUCAGACAGUUCAAAAAUGCAGGCGCUGCUGCCCUUGCCCAAAGCGUACUGGCUGAGUUACCUGACCAAGUGGCCUCCUUCUUCAAUUUAUUUGACCUGAAGCCCCCCAGUGACCCCAGUCCUUAGAAUUGUAAUCGAGCGUAACUAUUCGCGCAGAAUUAUACCACUAAUGAGGUUCCCUGCUCUGUUAAACCACUAUGUCUUGUAUUUAAAAAAAACCCAAAAAACAACUAAAAUCCUGUCUUUGAUAUUAAGUGUCAAUUGAGUGAUAUUUUCUUGAUAAACAAAAUAUCGUAGUAGCCAUGUGCCUACGUAAAUGUUUACAGACCCACUUCAAAAUAUCUACCUCCUAUAUUUUGUAAAGUAUGGGUCAUUAUGUCAGCAAUUUGCUUCUACUCUAUCAGCUGCCUGUUUCCACUCCAUACAGAAUCAAUUAGAACCCCCCAUGUUUUCAUGGUGAAAAUAUCCACUAAAAAUAUGGUCUUUAAUGCAAACAGACAUAUUUCAAUAAGAAUGGAUGGCCUAGUCUUUAUAACUAAUAUCAACGAAACUAAUAUGGUAACAAAUUGUAAAUAUGCAACAAUUACAGAAGUAACAUAACACUUAUUAGGAUGAUGAUAACACUAUUUCAUAGAUGUAAUCAUCAUUCAUCACAUAAAUCAAAGGCAACACAAUGUUGCAACUUUUUGUUUCUGCUUGGAUAACUAAGCACAAUAGCUUUUUUUCUCUCCCCCAGACAAAUAUGACAUGUUGGGUUGGUAUUCUUGCAAAUCCGGGUUACCUCACUACUGUUUGCAUGAGACAAGUUACUGGAUGUUUCAUGUUUGGGGAUAUGACUAAAAACUACAACACAGCAGUUUGCGCUAAUAGCACAGUUUUUCUUUUUUCAAAUAAUCUCUCUGAUUCUGUUUAGAUACAAACAGAAAGCAAUUUAGUCUGAAUUGAUGAUUCCAACUUCAUUUCAAUAAUCUCAUAAAAGAUCCAUCUGAUUUCGAAUGAUUUGCUGCCCCUACCUCUCGCAACAACUGAUGUGGACAUGCUGUUUCACAGCAAAAGUGCAGGGUCACUAAACAUUGUCAUGUUAUGUAUAAUGCCAGCAGGGACAAGCCAGUAUUCUGACUUUAUUUCUAGUCUUAUUGUAAGAAUUGUUUAUGCACCAUAAUGUACUGAAGUAAUUUUACAUUGCAGAGUUGGCAUUUCUUAUACAUCACUGCUUCUGAAGGUAAAUUUUUUGUGAAUGUUAAGAAAGAAAAUAUAACACAUUCUAUUCAUUUAAUUUAUAAAUCAUUUGUAAUUUUCAUUGCCUUAUAUAGCUUGUAUUUAUUAAUAAUUGAUUUUAUCACUUCAACUAAACAAUUGUAUAUGAAAUUAAAAGAUUCUGGAACAAGUUACGAGGAUGAAUUUGUAUUAUUAUUGAAUUGAAUUGCAACAUCAUUUCCGCCCAUAAAUGAACAUGCAUUUGUAUUUUUCCAUGUAAUGUGAGCUG